GACUAGGGGUGACGUCGCAGCUGCUAUCGUGUUUUUGGUGUUUCGUGUACUGCGGAGUGGAAAUUUGGCCAGAUUUGGAUUCACGGACGAUCGUCAUGGCUUCUCGCAAGCGCUCCGGCUCUGGAUCGAAGAGGCCGAAAGAAAAAGUGGUGCAUUUUUACGAAAUGAUGUGUCGCGGCGAGGAUCUCAAGCGGCAAGGAGAGCGGCAGUUUUGGGAGGAGUUUUUCCUUCUCCAACCAAAUAUGGAUGUGCUGGAAUCCGAAAUGAUUAAGCUGAAUUCCGAGCAAUAUUUGGUGGCAAAAGGCAACAUUUUGCAACUAUUCGGAGAAUGUAUCAAUAUGCUCUCAUCAAACAGCCCCAAGCGCAUUCAUAACGCCCUACAGACGAUAUGCGUAUAUAUUCAUGUACUAACUCGCAAGCAAUCUCUUACGAUGAUAAGCUCGGCUACCGCCGCGGAAACUAAUGGAAUUGGGCCAGGCGCAGCUACUACUUUUAUUAGUGUGUGCGAUGUAGAUGAAGAAUUGCGAUUGCUGCUGAGUCGUCUGAACGAAACUAUACUGUGCGAUGAUGUCGCCGAUAGUCCAAAGGACCUGUGUCUUAAAAUUCUCUUGAUCAUUGCUACGGGCAUGGAUAAUGUAAAUGAAAAUCAGCUUAUAGAGUUCAUUAUUGGCCAGAACUUUUUCGAGGCUUUCAAAAAGGUGCUAAGCGAUUCCUCUCUCCGUGCUUCCCAUGGGCAUGAUAUAGUUACACUACUGACGGUACUCGUUAAUUAUCGGAAACACGAAAGCAGCAACCCUUAUAUCGUAGAACUUUCGCUACUUGCCGAUGAAUUAGCAUUAAACGGGUACGGACAAGUAAUAUCAUGUGUACUGACCAUGUUCUGCAAGCAGCAUCUCCUGAACCUAACGGAACUUCCGUCGUCGUCGUCUUGGUUUUCAUCAUUGUCCAACAUUGUUGGGAACAUGUUUAUUUCUGAGGAACUCUGCUACAGAAGUCAGCAAAUUAGAGCCAACAACGCGCUUCUUCUGGCUUUGUAUGAAGCCAUUCAUCUAAAUCGGAAUUUCAUAACUACCCUAGCCCACACACAAGCUGAUUCAACGCCUCCAUCACCAUGUAACACGCUAAAUUCUAACGAAGGAACUCCUGAUUUAUCAUCUGCCGCAAUUAUUGAUGCCUCUCACUACUCUACCAAUUUAUUCGUGGCCCUCUUUCAAUAUUGCUCGAUUGUCAUGCAGGACCAUAAAAGUGAACUAAGCGCAAUCAACUUGAAACUCUGUCUUCUGAUUCUAACAUGCAUCGCAGAAGAUCAAUAUGCUAAUUCGAUGAUGCACGACACAAAUCUUACGUUCAAAGUAUCGCUUCAUCGGGCGCACAUGAGACAUCGAAAGAUAGCGUCCGAAAAAAUGUCCAAACCUCAACCAUUGGCCACAACUCUACUAGAUUUGCUGGUGGAAUUUGUCGUAUCACACCUGCUGAAAAAAUUUCCCAUCGAGCUAUAUUUACUGUGCAUCGGCAUAAUACACCGAAUAAUUGUGUACCAAAAGCGAUGCCGAGUCAGGCUAGCCUAUCAAUGGAAGGAAUUAUGGACGGCAAUGAUAAGUUUGCUCAAAUUUCUUAUUUACCAAGAGCAAAAUUUGAUCAAACGCUGUAACUUUUUUGAACUUGCACUACAGGUCGUUAACAUAUUAAAUCUUUUCAUAACAUAUGGAGAUACGUUUUUGGCAACAACGAACAGCUAUGAUGAACUGUACUAUGAAUUGAAUCGUGAAGAAAAAGUGUUUUGUGAAUUGCAUGCUCUGGUUUUAAGAUACGCAUCUUUGCAAGACUGCGAGUAUAAGGAGGAUGUAAUACGAUUGUUGAACGCGCUUUCGAAUAUUCUGGCGAUUAUUAAGCAUUUUCAAUUCAAAAUUAAAGAAUGGCUAGCUAGCCAAAGCUUGUCGACGCCAACAGAGCAGCAAAUCUUGGAGCAGAUACAAAAAAACUACGAUCUCACACUAAAACUACAGGACAGUCUGGACCACUAUGAAAGAUACAGUGAACGACCGAAGCAUGUUUUUUUUUUCGCUAACUUAGUGAAAGAAGUUAUGACUGAUACUAGAAAAUCGGUUUAUUAUCUCGUCAAACAAAGCAACAAGAACAACGCAUUAGAGUGCAACACAAUAAUUAGCCGUUCAGUUUCAUCCGGAGGUUUGUCUUCAUCUACUAUGCCAUUGUCAACUGAAAGCGCUACUUUAGCAGAGCACAAUUGAAGUGAUUGAUUAAAGUCUUAGCUAUAAGAAAAUAAUGGAAUGGAAUGUCUUUCUGCUUAUUCAGAUAAAAAUAACAUUUCUUUUUCCACAGACGCGGACCAGAAGAAUGGUUAAAAUUGCUUAUGGCCAUUAAUUAAUGUGCUGCAUCAAUAAAUGUUUUAGACGAACAAAUUAAUUCAAAAAAUGUAUCGCCUUCAAUUCAUACAGGAAGCCUGCAAAUAUCUUUAACCAACGAAUCGUGAUUCAUGACUUUGAGGGGUCAAAGAAUAUCGUCGGAUAAUAAAAUGUUAUAUAUUCGCUUGUU